AGAAAAAGAUUUAGAAAGAUUGAAACACAAUGACUAACAAACUAUAUAGAUUCACGCAUGCUCUACAGCGAACGUGCAGAAUUCUAAUUCCCAAUAUUCAUCCAAGGAUUUUCCUUCCAACGAAUGUCAAGAGAAAUUACAGUUCCGCGCUAUAUAUUUCCGGCAAUAAAGCUUACAAAUCAUUUGCAUUUUUAUCACCGUAUCUGGAUUACGAUGAGAGAUUCGCCAAUAUGGACAAGCUACACAAGGAAUUAGCGUUGCGCAGGAUGAAUGUAGAUAUCGUUCAAUUAAAAAGUGCAUGGAAUUUCUAUCGAAAGAUGAUCGCGGAUAGAUGCGCUUUAGAAGAUAACAAUUCGAAACUCACGGGUCACAAAAGAAGUCUAUUAGAAAGGACCGAUCGUACUGCUGAGCAAGAGCAAGAACUGAAAAAAUUGCGUAUACAACUUGAUAUUGUACGGCAAGAUUUGAAAACAAUAAAAGAAGCAAUUUGGGAUCUGGAUGAAGAUGUGAUGGAGAGAAUCUUGAAAUUACCAAACGAGUUGGAUCCGAAAACGCCCGCCAAUGAAUCGAUAGUACUGAAGAGCAUCGGGAGCGCACCAGAAUCGUUCAAGAAGAACAGGAGGAGUCACAUUGACAUUGGGACAAGCUUAGACCUAUUGGAUUAUAAGAAUCCUAUGUGUUAUUAUUUAUGCAAUAACGCGGCCUUGUUUGAGCUUGCUGUGCUGACACACGUAAGCCGAGUUUUCGAUGAGAGCAAUAUGAUCAAGAUGGCUGGCACAGAUUUUAGUCGUAGCUUCGUAGUGGAAGCCUCUGGUUUGAAUCACGAGGAUCCCAUGGCCACUUUUAUAAUAGAAAAUCAUAAUGAGGUCGAGAGAGGCUCGCCGAAUCGUAUGCAUCUAGUUGGCAGCGCGAGCUUGGUCUCUUUCCUGAUAUUGCAUACGAGGCAAUUGAUAAAUCCUAAUCAUUUCCCACUUAAGUAUUUUGCUACUGGUAGACAAUACAUGCCAUUGCCACGUGAUACACACGCGUGCGGUUUAUUCACAGUGUGUCAAGCAUCCGUGGCGCACGCUUUUGUCGUGGUGAAGGACGCGAAAAGUGAAGAGUACGAAACUCAAUUCAAUAAACUCCUGGAAAGUGUGUGCAGAUUGUACGAUGAUUUAUGCGAUCAUUAUCGCGUCGUUAUGCGAUCCGCAUCCGAGCUACAGCCUUGCGAGAGUCUGCGCGUGUCCUUUGAGAUGUGGUCACCGUUCGCAAAUCAGUAUAUCGAAAUUGGUCACGUAUCUGCGUACGAUAAUUAUUUGAGCAAGAGGUUACUGAUCGCCUAUCAAACGCCAUACGGUAGAGAUUUUCCUGCAAUCAUAUCUGGUACCGUUCUCUCUGUUCCACGUUUGCUAGCUUGCCUGCUCGAACAGAAUCCUGACAAAUUCGUGGUUCCACCAAAGAUAGCUGAACUUAUGCUUUCGGGUGACUAUAUUACUACAUAAAUUAAUAUACUAGAGAAGAAAGUUUAAUACUUUUGUAAAACAGGAGUGAUAUUGAUUGAUAUUAUAGAAUGCGAGUUGUAAAGGAUUAUUUUCAAAUUGAAGGUCCAUAUGUAUUAGCAAAAUAAAUGCUUAAGUACAUUUUUUA